AUGCGUGAGCCAUUCAAUGAUGACACAGUGAAGAGCAUGGCCGAUGGUGCAACUCGGACAGCAAAGACCAUCCCGGAGUCAGCAGCUUCCAUUGUACCGACGAGCUCGACCGAAAACCGAUCAAGGUCGUCAACAGCGACAUUGAGACCACCACAAGGAGCAGACGUCUCGAAUGUAUCGUUUGCUGUCGAUCGCUCUUUGAACCAUGCUAGUGAACCUGGCAGCUCUCCUGCUGUGGAGGAUGUCUCUAACAAUGUCGAACCAUCCACCGCUUCCAACAACAACGAGGUCGACAAUCCACGUAACUCGAGACCGAACUACAGUCACAACAACAACGACAACAACAAGAACAACCACAAGAACAGUGACAGCAUCAACAACAACAGCGGUGCCGCGAUUGAAAGGGCGGACCACCAAGAUGAAGGUGGCGGAGGUUUGAGCACCGGGGCCAUUGUCGCUGUUUCGCUUUCGUGUGCAGUGAUCCUCGCAGUACUGUUCGCACUACUCUGGUGCUUUCGGCACAAACGUCGGCGUCGCAAGUCACAGUCGAGUAUGCUCGCAAUACCAGGGAACAACAUCGUGUCUCCGCCCGAGACACCAGUCGAAGCUGCCUACGCUCCGUUUCGAAACCAGAACCUGGACAACAGCACGCCACGAAAUCCCUCUACGCCGAUUGCAAUGUGGGAAGACGACGAGAUUGCGGCGAUACGCAUUCCUUUCGAGAAGGUCACGUCCACCAAGCUCAUAAGUUACGGAGGCCACGGUCAAGUCUACCUCGGCACCUAUUGCGGUGACCAAGUCGCAGUCAAGCGGCUCCUUCCUGACAAGCGGAAGGAACUGCGCGAAGUCAACACUUUCCUCGCAGAGAUCAAGAUGAUGGCGAGCGUCGAACAUCCGCGUAUCGUGCGUUUUAUUGGUGCAGCAUGGGAUUCGCUCACGGAUCUCUGUGCCGUGUCCGAGUUCAUGCAUGGUGGUGACUUGCACUCGUUGCUUAAAAGGUUCGAAGAGUUCGAGAAGCGGCCGCACGGGUUUGACUACGACAAGGCUCGCAUCGCUCUCCAGGUAGCCCAUGCACUCGUAUACCUCCACUCUCUCGUUCCCAUCGUUCUUCACCGCAACCUCAAGUCCAUGAACAUCCUGCUCUCGGCCAAGCUCGAAGCGAAGAUCACGGACUUUGGGAUGACACGGCAAUGGAACGUCGACACGAUGACUGCCGGUGUGGCUACCGCAUUGUGGAUGGCACCUGAGGCCGUGAUGGGCGAGCGCUACGAGACAAGUGCCGACAUCUUCUCGUUUGGUGUCGUUUUAUCGGAGCUGGACUCGCACUUGCUGCCGUACCGUGAAACGUGGUCUGAGGACGGACAGCAGCUCUCCAACAUCGCCAUACUCACGAUGAUUACGUCGGGUCAACAGCGACGCAUCAAGUUUACCUCCAACGUGCCAUCGGAGCUCGUAAGUCUAGGUCAUGCAUGCGUGGACCUGGACCCAACUAGACGUCCGAGUGCCAGUGAGCUUCUCUACAGACUGCAGACUAUCUUCCGAAUGUACGAGAUCUACACGAUCGGAUACAACAAGUCGUAG